AUGGAUUCACUCAUUAACCACCACGUGAUAAUCAAGAUGGAGAAACAACCUCAGAAGGAAACAAAGCCAACAAACGAAGCAGAACAAGGUAAAGAAAGCACCGAAGAGGUUCCAUUUAAUAAGGACAGUCCUUAUCUGAAAUACGAUAACUUAGAGGAUUAUAAGAAACAAGGUUACGGUACACAAGGUCAUCAAGAACCAACGGAAGGUCGUGGAGCUGGUUCAACAGAAGGACCAACUCUUUCUGGUGCUCAUGUUUCCUCUGAGGCUGAGUUUAAGGCUGUUGAAGCUGUUAAUCGCAAAGGAGUUCCUUAG